AUGUCGGCGUCGCCCAGCGCGUUGCUUUUACCCGCCGAGUGUGCCGGCUUCGGCGACUCGCCUUCGCUUCCGCGCUUCAUCGUGGGCGAAGGUGGGCAGCAAAAAUUUGUGACCUACAAGCGGCAAGAUGGCAUGUCCAAGACGGCGGUUAACGCUGAUUCGAGCAACUCAGCAACCGCCGCCACAAGUACACCCGUCAAUGCGUCUAAGCCGGUGACUCCCACCGCAUCCGCCCAAAGGCGCACGGGGAAAGACGUUCCCAGCGGAACACGGAGGAGGGCAAGACGCUCAAAGGCAACGGACAGCGCAACCCGUAGCCCCUUCUUGGCCAAUGGUCACGUAUCGGAUAUAUCGUCGAUCAGCAGCCUGGGCAUAGACGUCAGUGGAUCAGGCGUGCUCUCCAGAACCUCGAGCAUCGCCUCCUCCAAGGAGGGGUCGACAUUAUACAAAUCUACACUAGACCGCUUUACGCAGCCCGUUCGUAGCAAUGAAAGGGCUGCCGAUCAUCGCAAACAUGCUUACAUCGACUCGACGCUGCUUGAUGAGGCGUUGGACGCCGAGGAUAUCGCAAAGGCCCGUGCGGAGCUGCAGGACGUAGACUCACUUUCGCUUUCGCAGUCUCACAGCUUUAGCACCAUGGGCAGCGCUGAGGACGAUGACGAGCGCAGACGUAGACGACGCAAGUGCUCGCGCCUGCAGGAGACCAUCAUGCGCGUGCUUGCAAAAACAAAAUCCGACAUAGAGCAUCUCGAGGAAAAAAUCGCUUCGCUCGAGGAGCAGUACUUCUACCAGCCGGCCGAGACAACGGGGCUCGUGAAGGGUUGGGACAACGCCCUCAUGGGCGGGCCGUACUGCAACCCGAACAGCAACAAGGCGCGGAAGGGUACACCCCCCAAAACGAAGCAGCCCCUCAGUCACUCGUUGUCGCUCGUCAACGACCACAUUUUUUCGCUCACGAGCUCCACGUGCAGCCUUUCUAAAACGCUAACGCAUAAACCGGAGUAA